GAGUUUGCUCUGCAUGUCUGCACCGCUGAGGCAGAUCCCUGCAAACAUCCCUCAGGACAUCCGGAAAAUUAGAAUUGAAAAUUCUCACCUAACAGAAUUGCCUCGUGGGUCUUUUGAGAAUGUUAGUGCCUUGGAGUAUCUCUGGCUCAAUUUUAACAACAUCACAGUGAUGCACAUCAAGAGCCUGGAAUAUCUGCCAGCUCUGCAGGAGCUGCGCUUGCAAGGGAACAAAUUAAGUUCAGUGCCAUGGACAGCAUUUCAAGACACUCCGACUCUGAAAAUCCUGGAUCUGAAGCACAACCGGUUGGAUGUCCUUCCAGAACACGCGCUCCGCUAUCUACCCAACCUGACCUAUUUAGAUCUAUCCUCAAAUCAGCUUACCAUCAUAUCCAGGGAUGUCUUCUACAACUGGCCUGUCUACCAGAGAAGCCAGAGGACAGAGGGGCAGAUAGAAGCUAUUUCCAAUGCUGUUCUGGCCCUCCACGACAACCCCUGGAUUUGCGACUGUCGCCUGCGGGGAUUUGUCCAGUUUAUCAAGUCGGUUGGCCCACCUAUUAUUCUGAUGAAUUCCUAUUUAACGUGCUCAAGUCCAAAAUUCAGGGCAGGGAAGUUUUUUCAUGAAGUGGAGCUUAACAGCUGCAUGAAGCCCCUGACCUCAGCCCUUGACACCAAUCUGACAGUCCCAGCGGGGCUAAACAUCACCCUGACCUGCUUUGUACAAGCCAGCCCAUCCCCUGCUGUCUGGUGGACCUAUGCACUCAAACUUUUAAGGGCAUUUAAUGUGACCACUGAGCCCAUCAGUGAGGAGACUGUCCGCUCUGAGCUGCUGAUCCCAGCGGCACGACCAGCAGACGCCGGCAACUACACCUGUACAGCCGCCAACUUCUUGGGUAACACCUCAGUGGCCAUCAACCUCCGUGUGGUGGCCCCGUGGGCGUCCACCACUCCCCGGGGCUGGGCCCCCAUGGCUCCCGCUGAGCCGGGCGCCCACGUGGAAGUGCGCAUUGCCAAGCAGACGGUCUAUGGCAUCACCCUGGAGUGGUUUGCAGCGGCGGCGGCGGCAGCAGAGCCAGGGGAGACCUGGUACACCCUCCUGGUGGGCCGCUAUGAUGCCGCCCAGAAGGACACCAUCUACAUCGGCCCUGGGGUCAACACCUACUCGGUGACCGACCUGCUGCCCGCCACCAAAUACGAGGUCUGUGUGGCUGUGCGCAACCAGGCUCCCCGCAAGGGCCAGUGCGUCGUCUUUGUCACGGGCAGCGACGUCAGCCAGAUGGAGCAGCGUGAGAAGCUCAUCCACAUUGUGGUCAUCGUGUGCGCCAUGGUGCUGGCCGUGCCGGCCGGCAUGUACGCCUGCACCGCCGAGGCCCUGCCCGGCUGCCUGGCCCGCUGCCCCAGAGCCUGCCCCCGCCGCCGCCGCGGGGGCCAGGCCCAGGCUGCCGGCAGCAAGGAGAGUACGCUGGACAGCAUUCCCGCAGGCAGCGAGGACGGGCUCUGCCGCCCCGAGGACAUCCACAGCACCCGGCGGCCCCAGACCCGUGAAGAGCUCGGCAAGACCCGGCCGCCCCACAGGAACAGCGCCGACCUCUACUAG